UACCAUGGGUGAAAAACGUUUCCCACUUCCCAGUUUCCUUUGUUAGUACGAGUACUUUACUCAUGUUUACAGUUUACGCUUAAUUUCUUUGUGGGUGUUAUGGCUUUUUGUGUUUAUCUAUCGAUUUCGUAAUGGAGCGCAUAGUUGAGAACUUUCAUGGUUGCUAUUUGCUUCGUUCGGAAUCCACGAAUCGUUAUUUUAGAGGUCGAACGUAUAUCGGAUAUACCGUCGAUCCGAACCGUCGUCAAGUGCAGCACAAUAAGGGACGCAAACAUGGAGGAGCUGUCAGAACUGCUCGGAGAGGCCCAUGGACGGUUGUAGUUAUCGUGUACGGUUUCAUGACGAACAUUACUGCGCUGCAGUUUGAAUGGGCCUGGCAGCAUCCGGAAGAGUCUCGCCGACUGCGCCAUGUCACCAAGAAAAAAGCUCGCGAAACUGCAUUAGCCUAUCGGAUUCGUAUAAUGAUGGAAAUGCUCUGUGUGGAGCCAUGGAACAGACUUCCGCUCACUGUGCAGUGGUUGCGAUCGGACCUUCAAGUGGACUUCCCGUCUCAUCUUCAGCCUCCUGACCACAUUGGUAUCCUAAGUGGAACCGUCAGAGCCAAAAAAAUUACUCCGAACGGCUUUUGCGAUCUCCCAGUGGAAGAAAAUGUUGAAAUAUCGGACCACGACUCCAGUUCUGCUUUGUGCGGCAUUUGCAGUUGGCCUUUUGAGGGACCGGAUGUGAGAGUCGCAGAUGUGCCUGGAAUACUAGUAGUCGUCAAAGCUGGAACAACGGAAUCGCACACUGUAACCUGUUUGUUACCAUCCUGUGGCAAGAGAUUUCAUCUGAUCUGUCUGUCGCAAAUCUUCCUCAAAGAAGAUCCAGGAUAUCUUGUGCCGUUGCGAGGGAAAUGUCCAGCGUGCAGUACGAGAUUACUUUGGGCAGAUCUCAUUCGUUUCAAAAGGGGAUUUUAUCGAGACUGCGUUCUUGAACCAGAGGGAGAGCAGAAUCUCUUGAGCGAAAUUAACGACACCGCACACAACGAAGAUGAUGAGUAAAUGUGCGGAUGACUAAAUGUGGUGAAGAGUGAACGUGAUGAUGUGUGAUUGGCUAAAUGUGCGGAAAUCAAAAUGGUCUUUCAAAUUUCCCUUCGUGCUGAUGUGAUGAAUGGGGUUUUGCGAAUACGCCUUGAGUUUUGCAACUUAUGACAUGUAAUACUUUUACGAUUACAGUACAUAUAUAUAUCUGGAUUUAUAACUCGUAGUGAUUCUGGAUAGUUAAGUUUAUCUUGACAUUGGUUUUCGAAUCACGCCUGAAAAGCGUUCAAAUGGAGGUGCAUUGCGAAGUCCACAACUGAAUAAUACCAUAAUUACUUU